AUUGUCACUGUUGUUUUGACCGUGCAUGGUUAUGUGUACAUUAGACUGGGGUCCUGGUGCGCAUUACAUGCUUGGAAAUUUGUUUUGUUGAUAAACACGGUGUUCAUCGUGCAAUUCGGUGUAGCGUUUAUUACCAGAGUGGACUUAGCUAGAAUUCUAUCUGUAAAUUAUGUUCUGGUACGAUGGAUUUCAGACGGAUUUCCUCUUCUCAGAAGAUGGCCUACUCUCGGAUCUGGCAGAUCCUUUUGCUAUGGAGGACGAAGCAUUUGACUUUUUAAGUCUUCCUAACAAUGUAGGCUAUAUGAAUCAGCCGCAAAAUGAACAAGCUCAGCUUAAUCAAAAUGCGCAGCAGUUUAUGCUACAUCAACAACCACAGCAGCAACCGCAGGCACUUCAACAUCAUCUUUCGCCACAGCCUCUUUCGCAACAGCCUCUCUCGCAACAGCCCCUUUCACAGCAGCCUCAUCCUCAGCAGGCUCAACCACAACUGAGCAACUUAUUGACAUCUCACCCUGUUCAAAGAGCUGCUCAAAAUUCACGAUCUGCUGUCAACCUUAAUGGAGUGGGAGCAUCGGGAAUUUCUGUCCUCUUACAACAAGGAGUUGUGGCUCCAAUUGACAAUAGUCCUAUGGGCUUUUGUCCCUCUCAGGUGCUCCAGCCUGCUUUGACGACAAGCAGUUCAUCUCAAAUGCCCCUUCAAAUGCAGCAUCAGUUAAAGCCUCAGCAACAUGUCAUACAAACACAGGCUCAGCAACAGAUCAAGAAGCAAAUUUCACCAAAGCCUGGUCCUUUGAAAAAACAACCUAUUUUACAACAAAAACCUGUAGCUCCAGCUACAUCACAGCCAGGGCAGAUAGUUUUACAAAGUGUCAGUCAACUAUCGAGUGGUGAAAAAGUGCCACAGGUUGUUGUUCAAGCUGCUCAGCUCAUCAAAACUGAUCCACUUGUAUCUAUACCAGCUACAACACUAAUGUAUACAACCUCAACUACAUCAAGUGCAAAUGGUUCUCAGCCAUGUCAACCAGUCCACACCUUUGUUAAUGCAGCUGGGGGAACUAUACUUGCCACAGGCAUUCCCCUUGUACUAGAUACAGACAAAGUUGCCAUCAAUAGGUUACCAUCAGUGUACCCCCCUCAGACAACCAACACUACUACGCAGCCCAAAGUUAAAGAGGUGAAACGCAGUGCACACAAUGCCAUUGAACGACGAUACAGAACAUCAAUCAAUGAUAAGAUAAUAGAACUGAAAGAUAUGGUUGUGGGCACUGAAUCUAAGUUGAAUAAAUCAGCAAUUCUCAGAAAAGCUAUUGACUAUAUCCGAUUCUUGCAAAAUCAAAAUGCUCGCUUGAAAGCAGAAAAUAUGCAGAUGAAGAUGAAUGCUCACAAGCAUAACUUGAAAGACCUGUUGGCUCCAACCAUUUUGCCAAGCAAUGCCACAUCACCUGGUGCUUUCACACCCCCUCACUCAGAUAUCUCCUCUCCUGAGCUUUCUCCCCCACAUUCGCACUCUGAUGCAUCUCUUCCUCCCUCUCCUGAUUACUUAUCCAGGAAGAAUGAUAUCAAGGAUGAAGAUGAUGAUGAUGAUGACGCAAUGAGUGGGUCAAGUGACAGAAGUCAGAGUGGGAUGCUUGAUACCACCAAAAUGGCGAUGUGCAUGUUUAUGCUCACAGUAGUGACCUUCAAUCCUCUAGGGCUUGCUCUAGAUGGUGCGAGGUCCUUCAGUUCCCAGGAGUCAUAUGGUAGAGGCAGAAGUAUCCUCUCCAGUCAUGAUGACGCUGACUCCAGCAGUUGGUUUGGGGGUAGCUGGUUUAGUCCUGCUGCCUUACUCCUGUGGAUGAGCAACCUGUUGGUGCUGACAGCUUGUCUUGUUAAGUUACUUGCUCUCAGUGACCCAAUCAUUAGCACAUCAAAAGCCUCUACAGCUUUUUGGCGUCACAGAAAGCAAGCGGAAUUCAAUCUGAUUAAAGGAGAAAACAUUGCUGCUCAACAAGAACUACGGCGUGCUCUUCAAGCAUUGGGGAGACCUCUUCCUGCUUCUCGCAUUGAGUUGUGGAGCUGUGUAAUUUGGCAAAUUAUUCGGCAGUGCUUGCAUCGGUUGUGGAUUGGGAGGUGGAUUUCUCAGAAUGGUCCCACGAUUUUCUCAAGAGGUGGACACAGAGCUUCUGCUCAAAGCGCUCGAGAGUUAGCCCUUGUAUACCAUCGUUUACAUCAGCUCCACUUGGUCUCUGCCGGCACCGCUAACGCUUUAGAUGGAGGUGGUUUAGGCUCUGGCAGUAUAAGUGGACUGGCUCUUGCACUCAGUGCUGUGAACUCAGGUGAAGCUGCCGGGCACUCCCUUUCCCACCACCAGCUGGCUGAUAUGUAUGUUGCCUACGCUCUACGAUUGAAAACCAUUUUAGCCGCACCUCUUCAGUCUCUCUGCAGAGGAUACCUGUCCCUGGCGAGGAGCCAUGUCUUGCGGGCCACGGAGCCCGUUCCUGCUCGCCUGCAGUGGCUCCUCACGCCGUAUGGCUGCCGCUUCCUCGUCAGCCAGCAGUGGAGCUACAGCCCCGCGCGCUCCUCCGCCUUCAGUAUGCUGGGCUCGGCCGGAGAUCCCCUCGCUUACGUGAUGAGGGAGUACCGCGAGCACUUGCUGGAGAGGGCACUGCACACCCUGGUGUUGCCCGGUGGCCGGCUGGACGCCGGCGGCACUCCGACCAGCUCCUGCGACGGUGCCACGGAGGAGCCCGCGCGCCGUGCCCAGACCCCCGACGCGCUCACUUUCAUCCAGCUGCUCCUGGAGAACUCGACCGCAAUGGUGGACGGAGACACGGCUGCAGCUGCGGCCGCGGCCCUCCCCACCCGCAGCCAGCUGCAGGUGCCCUCAUGCGAGGAUGAACUCGCCCGUUGGUGGGCGGCCGUGGUGGGCGUGGCGGCGUACUGGCUCCUCGGCGAGGACGCUCACGCCGAGAGGCUGUACGCUCGCGUGGAGCUGCUCCCCGAGCAGUUGUCCACCCAGCCGGACCCCGUGGCCAGGGCGGUGCAGAUGGCGUACCGUGCCCGGAGGACCGCGUCGGCCGUGCUCCGCGGCCACCUCAGCCCCGGCAACGGCGCGAGCCGCGAGGCGCAGCGGCUGUGCGACGCGGCCGGGCGCUACCUGGAGGACAGCCUGGCGUACUGGAGCUGCAAGCAGCCCAACAACCUGGUCUUGAUGGUGCAGUUGGUGGCGCUCGACUGGCUGCUGGAGACCCGCACGGCCCUGUGGGAGCAGGACAACCUGUCGGCAGCGCCGCACAGCCCUACAGGCGACUCGGCGCCCAGCCCCGUGCCCGUGGCGCCCGCCGUGCUGACCGGCUUCCAGCGGGACGUGUGCAGUCUGCGGCGACUCGCCCAGCAGCUCCCGGCUGCUGUCCCGAGGGUGUUCGUGUCCGAGGCCACCGCCAGGCUGAUGGCCGGAGCUGCCCCGGGCCGCACCCAGCAGCUCCUGGACCGCAGCCUGCGACACAGGACCCACCGCACCACGCCGCUCUGCGGCAAAGACCGUGAGCAGAACGCGGGCGGUGAGCGCGAGCACGCCGCGGCGCUCUUCCUGGCCUGCAGGCACCUCCCCGCGCCGCUCCUGUCCUCGCCUGGCGAGCGCGCGGGCAUGCUGGCCGAGGCGGCCAAGACGCUCGAGAGGAUCGGCGAUAAGAAGCGACUCGAGGAGUGCUAUCAGCUGAUGAAGAACCUGACCGCCACUGUAACCGCGGCCUGAGCCCGAGAGGUGGGAGGCAAGCUUUGCCACAUUACUUUUAAGGUUUGCAUCAUUUUUAUUAAUGUGUAAAGAUCCAUGUGCGCAUGGUCUUAUGUGUUGAAAUUAUUAAUUAGUUUGUUAUCCAAAUGGAAGUGAAGUUUCUUCCAUGUUUUUAUACCCGUAACUUGUCUAGAAUAUGUCAUGGAUCUACAUUCCCUCCUCUUGCGUUUUAUUUUAGUGGGAAGGGAAACAAGGCAAAUUAAUGUAUGGAAUUUUAAACCACAUACUUAAAUAUUUCACUCGUUGUUUUAUACAAAGCAAACAACUUGUGUAUUUUUGUACAAAUAUUUUCUGCAGAGACUGCUAAUGUGAUGUAUUUUAGAGUGAUUGUUGUUCUGUAAGCUCCAUCUAUAUUGGCCCAAUGAACUUUGCAGUUUCCCAUAUCAUUAAUAAGUCUGAUUGAUCUGAAUUAGUUUUUCUUUUCAUUUUCGUUGUAAUUCAUUUUACAUUUUAAAAUGUACUUGUUGGCAUUGGUUCUAGUGAAUCAACUUUUCUGUCACAAGAAAGUAUCUAUUUGUGUUUUUGAUAAGGAACUUUUGUUGCAUGCUCUCAUUUCCAUUUCAUUAGACCUUUUCAUUUCAUACUCUUUUAAGACAAUUCUGUUAUAAUUUAUUUUCUCUCUGUGAGGGAGUUGUUCAUUAAACAACUUUUUGUUUAAAAAAAAA